UGUAACAUUGACCUCGGUAACGAAAUAUAACUAGCAAUUGCGAACUAGGCGCCACUAAAACAGUUGCCAGGAAGCAAUCGUUCUCCUAUGAGGUGGGAAGUAAAUGACGGAGAUGGAAGAUGAACUGGAGGACUUCAUCAGGGAGCAUAAGGCAAAAGUGGCCCAAGAUAGAGCCAGUUUAGAGCAAGAUCCUCCCUACAUGGAAAUGAAGGCAAAACCUCACAGAAGCUAUGGGUCCACUCUGAAGGAGAACAUUCCUCCCAAGUUGACUGCCCAAAAGAAAGAGGAGAUCACCUUUGUGGGUCUGCCCCUCGGUGUGGAAUACGAGAAGAAGAAGAAGCGACUUCAGCAUGAGCUUCGUAUGGACUACAGACGCUACAUGGCACAGCAAAACCUGCUUGAAAAGAAGGCAAGUGAUCUUAAACAGCGAUCUCCUUCACGGAGGGAUGCGGCCACUUUGACAGAAGCCAGAAGGGACUCUCACAGCGCACCUGCCCCCCCUGAGGGGAAGACCCCCUUCUCCCCUGAAGAGCCGUCCUCAGAACCUGCCAGGGAGCAGAAAGAGAUGUUUCCAGGUUUUGCCAGACACGGCAGGAGAUCAAGAGCCCUGAACAAAUCUGAUGACUCUGAAUGUGUGACUGGCCUUUUAAUCGGAGCAAUUGAAAGCGGCGAAGCCUUGCAGAAGAGGAAGGAGCGCUACAGGCAGGAGCUACAGGAACAGAUAGCUGAGCAGCACCGAAACAAGAUGAGGGAGAAACAUUUUGAGCUGGAAGUUGCUCUAACAAGGGCAAGUGAUCCAGAGAAACAGCGCCAUCAAAUCAGGCCGUUGGGACCGAGCAAGGGAAAGGAGGAACAUAACCUCCCGGGGCCUUCAGCGUUGGGAGAAAGCGAGCCUUCAUCCAGAGUUUUACCUCAUAAUGGCAAAACUGGUGCUGAAGGCAGGCGGACACCUCCGCCUCAUCCGCCCCGUUUGGCCUUUCAGUCCCCAGUGAUGGAGUGCAGCUCCACCAUGGACCUGAUGGGAGGUGGACUGUGUCCCAAUAAUCACGCGGCUCCCCUCCUCCCCAGAGCCAUGGACACUCCCAGAUUUCCCAUGAUCCCUCCACACCCUCCUCUACCCGUCGCAGACCCCUACAGAGGCCACUACAUGGCGCCCCAUCACUACUACAGCAACAGAAACAUGCUUGACCCAAACAUUGCCUACUAUGGCCAGUUGCCUUACCCUGCUGUGGCUCUUCCCAUGUCUUACUAUGCCAUACCACCAGGAGGCGCUGUGCCCAGUCAGUUUGGUGACACCAGCCCCCACAGUGGAAGAAGCAGUUUUCCUGAGCCCCCACCGCAGACCAACACUGAACCUGUUACUCCGGCCCCCCAUAGUGGGCUUUUCCCGCCAGAGAGGCCCAAAUCAAGCAAAGGAGUGAAUUUAAACUACGGAGAUGCCCUGAAAAAACAGAUUCAGGAGCAGCAGGAAAGGAAGCGUAUAGAGAGGGAGGAGCGCGAGCGUUUCGAGGCCCAGCUGGAGGUCGACAUGAAGAACCAUCAGCCUUGGGGUCGAGGUGGAGGCGGAGCCCCACUCAGAGACCAUACGGGAAAUCUCAUCGCUGACCUUAAACAGAUGCACAAGCUGAAUGAGGAGGCAUACAGCAACCCAGAGGGGCAGAGGAGAGCCGUGGUUGUGAUGACACCCCGCCCAGCUGAGCACCCUGACCCCAAAGACAGGGUCUCUGGUACUGUAGCAGAGUGCAGUAACCCUGACACUAAUGACCGGCUCCCUGGCUUCACCCAUGUCCAAACGCCCCAGUUUGCUCGGGGCACCGUUUUUCCCAACCUGACCACACCGCAGCAGGUCCAUGAGCAAGACCAGUACAAGGCUGACCUCAAGCUGCAGAUUGAGGAGAAGCAGCGGAAACGGGCAGAGGACAGGGAACGGAUCAGGCUGGAGGAAGAAAAGCUAGAGAGGAAGGUGUUGGAGCAGAAUGCUUCCAUCCAGAGGGAGUACAAAGAAGAACAAGAGAAGAAAAGACAGAAGGAGAUGGAGCAAAAGGCCAAAGUAGAGGAACUACUACAGUUGGCAGAAAAAAGAAAGAAAGAAGCAGAAAGAAAGAAGGUGGAGGAAAAGGCGAAAGCGGCACAGAAGAGGCAAUAUGACCAAGAGAUGCAGGCCCGCAUGAAAUCGGUUAACAAGGAACCGUCCCCUCCAGUUCCCACCCCACAGAGGAACCAAGAGUAUAGCCCCAGGCCUCCCACUCUUGAGAGCCGUCAUUCUACUGCUCGCCUUUCUGAACAAUCUUCGUCCUGCCCCCUGUCCCCGCCUGUCCCUGCUUGCAGGAAUCGACUCCGAGCUGAAGGUGAGCAACGAGACGUGUACAGUGAACUGUCAGCAUUGCGUCGGCAGCUUCGUAGUGAGCAAAAACGACUUGAGGUUCAUCUGCAGCAGGAGGGUUGGGAUGGAAUAGGCUCCUCUCUGGCUGGAAGACAAGCACGUCAGCACGUGGAUGUGUUUGACAUGGCCAGGCUGAGGCGCCAGGCUCCGGUUAGAAGGCCCAACUCCAGGAACCUGGAACCCAGUAAUUUGCUGCGAAUUCACGAUUCGCUUCAGCUGGAUUAUGCUGAUGGUGACUCCAGGCUCAACUCCACUGAGGCCCAGAGGAUGCGGAGACUGGAUGGAGCUGGUAGGAGGAGGCGGAACUACAUGGAUGCACAUCAGCAACACGGCAACCAGAGGUCAACACACCAGGAUGAUUUUCUUGACAUGAUAUCCCCUCUGCAUCAAAAUGACUAUCUGGGAAGUGUGACGGGGCAACAUGCAAGAGGACCUCUGUUGGAGUCAGAGAGUGCUUUUUUGGCCCCUUUAGGAGAGGCUUUUCCAGUGCCAAGCUCCCCAGACGUCGAAAGGACGCACCAACUCUCAGCCCGGGAAAGGAGGAGGCAGAUCAGACAGUGCCCGCACCCCCAGGAGCGAGCGUCAAGUCAUGACUACCCAGCCCACAUAAGUAGGAGAAAUCCGAGAGAAGCGGAGUCCAGCAGUGAAGAAAAGAGCCAGGACAGGACAUACAACUUGAUGGGCCCCAGUCGCCGUGGCAACACAGCCGGAACUGUGGAUUUGUCCGAUGACGAGUCAUUACCGCCUCACCUCACUCACCACCGUCAAAGUUCAGUGGAAUCAUUCUCAACAGAUCCCUGGAUGCGGCCAGGAACAUCGGAAACUCUCAAAUGUUUAGAGGGCCCGUUGAGGAGGGAGCGAUUAACAACGCACGAGACAAUCCGUUAAAACAUUACAGGGCUUUUCUAACUUCACACUUCAUUUUUAAUCCAGAAUACCACGCCUCUGUCUGAGAUAUUAAAUUAUAGUUGAUUUUCCUCUGUAAUACAUGACGGACGAAUGUGUCAGUGGGAGCCAUGUGCCUACUUUAUUUGCCAUUGGAGAGAAUUUCAGUGUAAAUUUUUCGUGAAUUUAUUGUUUUAUACGGGCAGCUUUAUAUUUAAUAAUUUAUUUCAGAAUGCAAUGACCAGAUAUAUUUUUAAUAAAUGAUCUUUGUUUUAGGA